UGUAGCCACAGUCAGUAAUCGCAUUCCGCGCGCCCACGACACGUCGUCGCACAGUCGUUAUGUCCAAAUUAUUAAUAUCACUCUAGUAUAUCAUAAUAUCAUGUUAUACAGUAUUCAUUUACAUAUGAAAUUACCUUUACUAUAGUGUUAUUAUUUUUUAAUUAAGUUGACGCGUGUGUUCGUAUGUGUCUUGUGUGUAUGCGAGUACGUCAAGCCGCUAUUCGUUACCUACCGAGGAAAAUAUUAUCUAUAUAGUUUGCCCGCCACAGUGAUUUUUUUGUUGUUUUUAACUUGUAAAUAUUACAACGUUAGAAUUUCUGUUUUUUGUUUUUAAGAAAAGUCUUCGAAGUCGUCUCGCUAAGUUCGGCGGUUUUUGGUUGUUCUACUAACUAUUUAUUGUACAGUGUGUGCCGGUCGACUGUCAAUCGUUUUCAAAACAAAACAAAAAACAGUCGUUUACGUUUUAUAUGAUCUACGGUUAUUAUUCAAAAUCAUUAUUUCCUAAUGAGGAUACAUUCGAUUAAAAGUGAUGCAGUGGAGAUAUGGUCGACCACGUUGUACUGGACUUGUACGUGAGGACCACUUUUCAAGAUGCACAAGUCGCACGUAGACAAAUCGAAAAGGGCAAAGCUGUAGGGCGUCUAUGCGCUGUACGGUUCAGAGCUUGGGAACAAAAGUGCUUGGAGCGAUUGGGCCGGUCCAUCCAUCGCAAAACCCAUGUGUUCUUUCUACCCUUGUUGCUGUGCCUCGGAGUGCUGUUGGCCGGAUUCAAAGCCUUCGACAGAAGCUCGCAGUUCGAUCAGCUAUGGGUUGAGUCGGGAGGACGUCUGGAAACGGAAUUGCGUUAUUCGGAAUCGGCGUUGGGCGAGACGGAAAGCGUUAUUCAUUUGUUGGUCACGCAAACGGCCAAAGAGGCCACAUCCCCGGAAGUGCCUCAGCAGCGGCUUCUCCACAGAAAAGCCUUGCUCGCUCACCUGCAGCUCCUCAGAGCUGCGUCUCAUGUCACCGUCAACCUGUUCGACGUGACAUGGAGUCUUAAAGAUAUUUGCGUAUCGCCGAGUCCUCCGGACUUCGAAGUCCACUAUAUAGAUACUAUUUUUGAAAAUAUGAUGCCUUGUGAAAUAAUUACCCCAUUGGAUUGUUUCUGGGAAGGUUCUAAACUACUCGGCCCGGAAAAUCCCGUGACCGUUCCCGGUGUCGGCAACGGCAUUAAGUGGACCAAUUUAAAUCCCCAAAGCCUAAUGAAGUCGAUCAAAGCCAUGGGCGACACUAACUUCCCGUUCGACAUGCUCGAGACUUAUAUGAAACGAGCUGGAAUAAAUUCAGGUUAUCAAGAGAAACUGUGUUUAGACCCGGACGACCCAGACUGCCCAGAGACUUCGCCAAACAAAAAAACCAAAAAAAUACCAGAUAUAGGAGCCGAGUUGGCCAACGGCUGUCGAGGUUUCGCCAGCAAGUACAUGCACUGGCCGAAGGAGUUACUGUUGGGCGGUAUCGUUCAAAACAAGACCGGCUACAUUCAAAAAGCCGAUGCACUUCAGUCCGUUUUGCAAUUGAUGGGCGAAAAAGAACUGUACGAAUUUUGGUCGCAAAGCUAUAAAGUGCUACACUUUUCGUGGGAUCAAGAAAAAGCCGCUUUGGUGUUGAAGACUUGGCAAAAAAAAUUUAACGAGGAAGUGAAAAAAGUGUUGAAAAACUCGACAAUGGCGCCCUACAAUUUUUUCACUUUUUCAACAAUGUUGUUGAACGAUUUGCUCAGCCAAUACGAUUUUUUAGAUCCCAAAUUGAUCUACAUUGGUUGUUUAAUUAUGGUUAUUUACGUUAGCAUAAUGCAAAUAAAUCUAUUCGACGCCGUCAGAUCACAACUCAUCAUCGGGCUGUUCGGUCUUGCAUUGGUAGUGUUGUCGAUAGCAUCCGGAAUAGCGUUUUGCUGUCUCAUAGGAAUUCAAAUACAUUCGGCCACCAUAGCCGUGGUCAUAUCGAUCGCGUCCGCCUUGGGAGUGAACAACAUGUUCUUGUUGAUGUUCAGCUACAAACGGGUUUCGAGCCACGGGUUCGACCGCGUUACACAGAAAUACAGCGGUCACAUGGGUAAAAAACAAGUGGGAAUGGUGCUCAAGUCGGCGGGAACUAGCAUACUCAUGACGUCACUGAUCACGAUUUCCACAUUCAUGACGGCCGCCGUGGUGCCGAUUCCCGCUUUGCGAGCGUUUUGCCUGCAAGUGGCCAUUUUGGUGGCAUUCGUGUUGGCCACCACGCUUUUCGGCGUGACGUCACUGAUCAGCUUCGACGUGCGCCGGCGGCGGAGUGCCAGGAUCGACAUAUUCUGUUGUUUCCCGUCCGAAGAUUUGCAAUGGCCGUUUUUCAACAACACUAAACAGCCAAUGGUUGGCGUGGCCGACAGCACCAUCGACGGACAAAUGCGGCAGUUGGGCAAAAAGCCGGUAGCGUUUACGCCGGCGGCGGCGGCGACUUCGAAUUUCCUACUGAAAGACUUCAGAGACGCCAAUUCGGACUGCGAAGACAACAUGCCGUCGGCGGCCACCGCCAAGACACAUUGUUGCGAAUGGACGCCGCGGGACAUUGCCCGGAAAUACGUGCAAUACCUGACGACCGGUUCGUGCCGGAUUCGGGUCAUCCUGUCGUUUCUUGUCGUUCUGGGUGUCAGCGCGUGGGGCAUCACCAGAAUACAAGCCGGGCUGACCCUACCCGAAAUGGUGCCCAACGGUACCAACGAACAAAAGUUCCUGGGCACGUACGGGCAGAUGUUCGGCUUUUACAACAUGUACGCUGUCACCAGAGGCGACUUUGAGUAUCCGACUAAUCAAAAGUUGCUGUACGAGUACCACGACGCGUUCAUGCGGGUGCCCAACAUUCUGAAGAACGACAACGGCGGGUUACCCCAGAUGUGGCUGACUUUGUUCAAGGAAUGGCUGCUGGGAUUGCAGAAAGCGUUCGACAAGGACUGGCAGAAGAAGUGCAUAAGCCAAGAGGGUUGGGAUACGUGCGCGACCGAGAACGGCAUAUUGGGUUACAAGCUUUUGGUGCAGACAGGUAACAGCGACAACCCAAUCGACAAAUCGCUGGCGUCGACAGCCCGACUGGUCGACGAGAACGGUAUCAUUAACGAAGAGACUUUUUACAACCUGUUGACCGCCUGGGCGUCCAACGACAUACUGGCGUACGGCGCUUCGCAGGCCAACAUCAGACCCGAACCCAGGCGGUGGACGCACGUGGCCAACGAUUACGAUUUGCAAAUAGUCAAGUCGUCGCCAAUUAUCUACGCGCAGAUGCCGUUCUACGCGAGCUACCUGUACGACACGACGGUCAUCACCAAGUUCAUAUCGACCGUGCGUGGCAUAUGCAAGCAGUACGACGAACGAGGGCUGCCCAACUACCCGUCGGGCAUACCGUUCGUCUAUUGGGAACAGUACCAAGAGCUACGGCAGUACCUGUGCGUGGCCAUGGCGUUCGCGUUCCUCUUUCUGUUCCUCAUUGGCGGUUUGUUCCUGUGCAACGUCCGCGCCGCCCUCAUAUCGUCGUUCAUGUCGGUCGUGUUGGUCAUCCAAAUACUGGGAUUCAUGGGAUUUGCCGACAUCAAAUUUAGCGCCAUACCCGUAGUACUGUUGAUCGGCACCGUCGGUACUGGCGUGACGUUUACCAUUCACCUUUGCCUGAGUUUUGUCACUAGUAUUGGCAACAGACACAGAAGGACUCAUUUGUCGGUAGAUCACAUGUCCAAAAUGGUCCUUCAAUCCGGCGCUACUCUUAUCAUAGCCGUCAUAAUGUUGGUUUUCCAAAACAACUAUGUUUCUAGAUCAUAUUUUCUUUUAUUAACGGCGAAAACGGUUUUCGGUCUAUUCAACGGGCUUAUUUGUUUACCAGUGUUCCUUUCUAUGUUUGGACCGCCACCAGAGAUAAAACCGCUGAAGUACGCAGACCGAAUAAGUACACCGUCGCCAGAACCGAUUAAGAAGCGGGCUCGUUACACGAGCGUUAGACAAUCGGUGCCACCGCCGCUGUCGUCACGGUCGCAUCACGGUCACCAACAACAACACCACCACAAGCAUCAUCACCAGCAACAGCAAAACAACACUGGGUCGUCAAAGUUACACGGACUACACUUUGCACCCAGGGACGGAUCGCUUUCUACCAUUGCCGAAGAAUCCGGUUCGUAUCAUUCCGCAUCGAUGGCUCAACUGGAAAGAUCCAAAUCACAAAUGUCUUUAUCGCGGUCUCCGUCCCCGUCUCUCCGGUCCGAAUGCUGUAGUACCGACAGCAGCUCCGAAGACGAUGCGCCCCAACAAAGAAUUGCUGCACAGCCCGCGCUUUCCACUUCCAAUUCGAAUCAGACCUCUGCCCCGACCAGGUGCAUAGUAACUGCCAAGUUCGAGUUGGAGCUAGACGGCAACGUGAUGAGCGCCGCUGCUCAGCCACGUAUCCACAAGUCGAAACACCAUCACGGCAGCAAUCGUCAGUCGUCGAAACGGCACAAACGCCAUCAUUCAAACUCCUCUCGGUACUGAGAUAAUGUAUGACAAACUCCUCGUGCAAUUUGUUUUGUUUUGUUUAUUUAUUUUUAUUAUAUACAUAUUUUUUUUUUAAUGUAUAACGAAUUCGCCAAAAUUCUUAUCCAUUUCAUCUAGUAAAAAUGCUCAAAAAUUUAUUUAUUAUUAUUAUUAUAAUUAUAAUACUUUCAUCAUUAUUAUUGUAUCGCGGUUAGGUUUUAUUUCAAAGAUAGUUGUGUAUUAUCAGAUAUAGCUCUCUUUGUUGUAAGCUCUAAAAGACUGAAAAUUGAUGAGUAUAGUCUUGAUAAGACUUAUUUGUUUUGUAUAACUGCUCUAUUUUUUAUGUUUUAACCAAAUACGUUUUUAAACGGUUCAAUUAUUAUUAUUAUUAUUAUUAUUUAUUAAGUAAUCGAGGAUAUAUUUUCUUUAUCCUCCACUGAAAUUUCUAUAUUAUAUUAGGAGAACCCUACCCUACCCCCUUCCGGCAAGUUUCUUAUAUUAUUUUUGUAUUAUGGAACCUAACUAUUUUGCUAUUAAAAUACGAUGCACGGUCCAAGUUACAUUUUUGUUAAGCUUCAAAUAAUCUAGUCAACUUAACAUUAAAAAAAAAAAUUGCAUUAUUUUAUUUAUUUAUUAUUAUUUUAUAUACUAGUUUAAUCGGUCACAGUAAAAUUCAACAAACGAUUAUUAUUUCAACGAUAAAUAAAUAUAAUGUUUAUUAAGAAAUAUAUAUUAUAUUAUAUAAAUGCGUAAUGUGUAUAUCGUUCCUAAUUAUCGUUUUAUUAUUUUUGUUUUUUUUUUUUUUACUAUCAACUACAUAGAUAUUAAAAUUUGUAUUUAAUUUUAAUCACACACAAUACACAUUCCUUGUAUUAUGUUAAAUAUACAAUGUAAUAUUAUAUAUUACAUUUUGUGCUCCAAACAUUUCAAAUCAUUUCUAUAGAAACAAUUUUAUCAAGUCACAGUCCAUAAUAACCCAACACGAGAGUAAGCACAAAAAAAAAAAUUUGUGUGCGAAUAUUAUAUCGACAUAGAUAUUUUUCUUUGAAUAUAUAAAUUUUUUUUUGUAUAAAUAUAUAAAUUCCAAUACAAUUUUGUACCAUUAAUUGGACGUUUUCACAUUUCCAUUAUAGUUCUUAAAAAUCUUAUUUAUUUUGUAUUUAUUUUUAAAAAAUGUACACACUUUUGUAUAAAAAGAGAAGAAAAAAAUGUAG